UGACUCCGCCCACUUCUUCCCCAAAGUAGACCUGACUCCGCCCACUUCUCCCCCAAAGUAGACCUGACUCCGCCCACUUCUUCCCCAAAGUAGACAUGACUCCGCCCACUUCUUCCCCGAAGUAGACCUUGUGAGCAUCGUAGAUUUGCAUGUUUCGCUCUCUGAUCGGAUUGUCUGAAUUCACUAGUUGAGUGUCAAUCACAGAAAAAAAACAACAUUGAUGAAAAUAAAUUUUGAGAAUAUGUGAAUCCCUCGUCCGUUUCCCUGACCCCUGGCAAUGACAUAGACUGUGUAAAGGGCAAAGAUUUCAGCUUUGCCUGUUCCACUGAUAUGGAUUCAGCUAACAAAUAUGGAAACUCCAAUGUUCACACCAGUCUCAUACUUUUAAAUCCAUGACGGGAAGAGUGAACUUGCACACUUGGGAAAGGGUUGGGAAUCGGGACCUCAGUCUCAGGCACCUUAUUACCAGUUUGAUAUUUUGUCAUUGAUCCAAGUGGAUGAGGACAUGAUUGGGACAUAUGAAGAGAGACAGGAGGCUGCAGUAAUGUUGAGAUGCCAGUAGGAGGAGCUCUAGUCUAGAACACUGGAACCUUCAGUAGCACUUUGAUGGAGAUGAUGAGGAGUGAUGGGUCACAUCUUGUGAGGAAACACAUUAAGAAACCAUAUAGAACAGUCAACACUUUGUUGUGGAUCUGUAUUUAAAGAAAAGACUAUGUUGUAAAUGGGCUGCAUUUAGCCCCUUUAAAACAUGUAGGCCCACUCCUCAAAUGAAGAAAUGUAAAUAGCUAUGCAGUCUUUAGCAGUACAUCCAGUACAUCCCUUUCUGACAUGCUGUUGAUGCAUGUGAUUGUCUUAAAUCCCUGACUAGGCUACUUUCACAAUGUGUCAGUCACUAAAAUCACACUUCUUUCUAUGCACAGCUACGACAGUAAGUUGACUCACUGUACAAGACCUCUCCCCUUCACUCUACUGCAGGGUGGGAGAUGCAACAAUGGCCUUGAGAACAGCAGGAAGUGUGUUGGGUCUUUGUCUGGUCUGUAGCAGUGUUACUGGGUCAGGAUGGCAGGAGUGUGAAGUACAUCACUCAGAGUAUCUGUGUCUUGAAGGGGUCAACAGUAGAGCUGUCCUGCUGUUACACAUAUCCCAGUGGUACAGUCACAACAACCUUCUGUUUCACUACAAAUGAUGCUGAGGGGAAUCCUGUGACUCUGAGUGAUGAACCAGACUACACAGGUCAUGUGACGUACUGUAGCAACAAGAAGAAUAGCCACACCCUGACAAUCAGAGAUCUGAGAGAGUGUGACUCAGCUAUGUGCAAAGUGUCCAUCCUGACCCUAACUGGGACACACACACCACUGAAAAUGAGGACCAGACACUCUGGCAAGUGUGAAAAUCUCCCACAGUGACACGUUCACAUCUCUUCAGAGAGAUGCACUCUGUGUAUCAGACCAUCCAGGGAAGAGAACCACCAUAGAACCUGGAGGGAAGAGAACCACCACAGAACCUGGACUGAAGAGAACCACCACAGAACAUGGACUAAAGAGAACCACCACAGAACAUGGACUAAAGAGCUAUGGCCAUUUUGAAAUCAAUCAAAAGUUUUAAAAAAUGUGUUGUGAAGCUCAACAAAGUCACUUCCAGAUGAUUUGAACAUGAUGAGAGAAUGUUAAUAUGUGGAAUAUUAAUAUCAGUCCCGUGACUUGAAUGGGAUUUUUGUAAAUGUGGGAGUGUUCGACAUUGUAACCGACUUUAUAGGCAAGUCGAGAUCUACAAAUCACCUUGCAUGAUGAAUAACUACUCAAUAUUAUUUAUAGAUCAUUCAGUCAGUCACAAUUUACCCAUGAUACAUCAGUUUUGAUGCUCUCGAACACUGUCUGUGUGACUGCUGAAGGAAGCCUUCUCUGCAUAAGCUUCUUGGUCCCUGACAUAGAGUUGGAUAGAAGGUACAUCUUGACAUCUUUGUCAUGAUGUCUUCUGUGACAGAAUGAGCAGCACCAUUGAGGGCUAUUUCCAUAUUAAAGUAGUUAAUAUCUUCAACUUCCAUAAGUUUAAUAACAGUCGGUAUACGAACUGAAAUGGUGUAUUCAAUGUCUUAGCCGUGCUAAAACAGGCUUUGAAGCAAGUACGCACUCUACUCAACUCUAUUGUCCCUGACUGCUUCAAUGUUGUGUCAACCACAGACUUCAAACCUCACACUCAGUGUCUAUUUAUAUAGACUUCCAGUAAGUUAACUUACAACACAUCUCCCCUUCACUCUACUGCAGGGUUGGAGAUGCAACAAUGGCCUUGAGAACAGCAGGAAGUGUGUUGGUGGUCUUUCUCUGGUCUGUGACAGUGGUACUGGGUCAGGAUGGCUGGAGUGUUACAUACACCACUCAGAGUAUCUGCACCUUGAAGGGGUCAUCAGUGGAUCUGUUCUGCUCUUACACAUAUCCCAGAGGAAAAGUCACAACAACCUUCUGGUUCACUGAAUGGGGGACUGGUGUAGAACCUAAAGAUCUAGGUCAGGACCCAGAGUAUGCAGGUCGUCUGGAGUAUCAUGGAGAUAAGAAGAAAGACUGUACCCUGAAAAUCACAGACCUGAGAGAGAGAGACUCAGCUACCUACAAGUUCAGAUUAUUAACAGAUCAGGAAGGAGGGAAAUAUUCUGGACGUCCUGGAGUCACUCUGUCUGUCACAGGUCUUCAGGUGAAGGUGACUGGUGGACAUCAGGAUAAGACACUGACCUGUAGCACCACCUGUACUCUGACUGACAACCCCACCUACAUCUGGUACAAGAACGGACAACAUCUAGAUGAGAGCACCUCCCCCCAGUACAAAAACACAGUCUCCAGCAACUAUAUUGAUGGUUACUCCUGUGCUGUAAAAGGCCAUGAGGACCUCCACUCUCCUGCAGUGUGUGUUCAGGGUCAGAGCUGCAGCAGAGUGAAUUACACCAAGAGGAGAAUCUGUGUCUUGAAGGGGUCAACAGUGGACAUAUCCUGUACUUAUGUUGGUUAUUAUUACACCACAUCAUCAUUCUGGUUUAGAAGUGAUAAGUCGACCCCUGAAGACCUAACCACAGACCCAGGGUAUGCAGGUCGUGUGGAGUACACUGGAACAUACAGAGGUCCCUUCACCCUGAGAAUCACAGAUCUGAGAGAGGAGGACUCAGCUGAGUAUCGCUUCACUUUUAAAACAGACAACUUUGAUUGGGGUCAUAGUUUCCCAGGAACAACUCUGUCUGUCACAGGUCUGCAGGUGAAGGUGACUCCUGCUGCAGAGGGACAGAAGACACUGACCUGUAUCACCACCUGUACUCUGACUGACAACCCCACCUACAUCUGGUACAAGAACGGACAACGUCUAGAUGAGCCCACUUCCCAACAAUACUCUAGUAAUACCCUAGUAGUGUUGGGUCAUUCUGCGGACAGUUACUCCUGUGCUGUAGAACAACAUGAGGACCUCCACUCUCCUGCAGUGUGUGUUCAGGGUCAGAGCUGCAGCAGAGUGACUUACACCAAGAGGAGAAUCUGUGUCUUGAAGGGGUCAACAGUGGACAUAUCCUGUACUUAUGUUGGUCAUUAUUCCACCACAUCAUCAUUCUGGUUUAGAAGUGAUAGGUUGACACCAGAGGACCUAACCACAAACCCAGGGUAUGCAGGUCGUGUGGAGUACCCUGACAAAGAGACAUGGAGAAAUGAAGGUCCCUCCAUCCUGAGAAUCACAGAUCUGAGAGAGGAGGACUCAGCUGAGUAUCGCUUCACUUUUAAAACAGACAACUUUGACUGGGGUCAUAGUUUCCCAGGAACAACUCUGUCUGUCACAGGUCUGCAGGUGAAGGUGACUCCUGCUGCAGAGGGACAGAAGACACUGACCUGUAUCACCACCUGUACUCUGACUGACAACCCCACCUACAUCUGGUACAAGAACGGACAACAUCUAGAUGAGAGCACCUCCCCCCAGUACAAAGACCCAGUCUCCAGUAACUAUGAAGACAGUUACUCCUGUGCUGUAAAAGGCCAUGAGGAUCUCCACUCUCCUGCAGUUUGUGUUCAGGGUCAGAGCUGCAACAGAGUGACUUACACCAAGAGGAGAAUCUGUGUCUUGAAGGGGUCAACAGUGGACAUAUCUUGUACUUAUGUUGGUUAUUAUUCCACCACAUCAUCAUUCUGGUUUAGAAGUGAUAAGUCGACCCCUGAAGACCUAACCACAGACCCAGGGUAUGCAGGUCGUGUGGAAUACACUGGAACAUACGGAGUUCCCUUCACCCUGAGAAUCACAGAUCUGAGAGAGGAGGACUCAGCUGAGUAUCGCUUCACUUUUAAAGCAGACAACUUUGACUGGGGUCAUAGUUUACCAGGAACAACUCUGUCUGUCACAGGUCUGCAGGUGAAGGUGACUCCUGCUGCAGAGGGACAGAAGACACUGACCUGUAUCACCACCUGUACUCUGACUGACUACCCCACCUACAUCUGGUACAAGAACGGACAACAUCUAGAUGAGAGCACCUCCCCCCAGUACAAAGACUCAGUCUCCAGUAACUAUGAAGACAGUUACUCCUGUGCUGUAAAAGGCCAUGAGGAUCUCCUCUCUCCUCCAGUUUGUGUUCAGGGUCAGAGCUGCAACAGAGUGACUUACACCAAGAGUAGAAUCUGUGUCUUGAAGGGGUCAACAGUGGACAUAUCCUGUACUUAUGUUGGUUAUUAUUCCACCACAUCAUCAUUCUGGUUUAGAAGUGAUAAGUCAACCCCUGAAGACCUAACCAGAGACCCAGGGUAUGCAGGUAGUGUGGAAUACACUGGAACAUCCAGAGGUCCCUUCACCCUGAGAAUCACAGAUCUGAGAGAGGAGGACUCAGCUGAGUAUCGCUUCACGUUUAAAACAGACUACUUUGACUGGGGUCAUAGUUUACCAGGAACAACUCUGUCUGUCACAGGUCUGCAGGUGAAGGUGACUCCUGCUGCAGAGGGACAGAAGACACUGACCUGUAUCACCACCUGUACUCUGACUGACAACCCCACCUACAUCUGGUACAAGAACGGACAACGGUUAGAUGAGCCCACUUCCCAACAAUACUCUAGUAAUAUCCUAGUAGUGUUGGGUCAUUCUGUGGACAGUUACUUCUGUACUGUAGAACACCAUGAGGACCUCCACUCUCCUGCAGUGUGUGAGUAUGAAUUAAACUACUAUUCUACUUAGAAAGUAUCAAUCAUU